UACCUGCCUCUGCAGAAGUGUUUAGGGAUGCUUCAACUCCAAAUGCGGCACUGGCCGAUAGGAGGGUGAACACACCUUCCCUCCGGGGCCGCAAAUCCUGCCGCCCGCCCACCUCUGCGAUUGGAUUCUUAAAGAGCCCGCGGGCCCGGGGGCGGAGCCAGCGGAGGCCCGAGCUGGGGCAGUCCUUGGACGAAAAGCCGGAGCGGGCUAGGCUGGGCCCAGGAUGGCCGCGGCCCUGGCGUGGGUCCUGGUGGCGCCUGGUGCGAGUUCCUGAGCUGGUACCAGGCAGGUGACACUUUCUGUGGCCCCCAGCAUGCGGGCAGGACUGGGUCCCACCAUCACAUUGGCCCUGGUACUGGCAGUGGCAUGGGCCAUGGAGCUCAAGCCCACAGUGCCACCCAUCUUCACAGGCCGACCAUUUGUGGUAGCAUGGAAUGUUCCCACACAAGAAUGUGCCCCACGCCACAAAGUGCCACUGGACCUUAGGGCAUUCGAUGUGGAGGCAUCACCUAAUGAGGGUUUUGUCAACCAGAACAUCACCAUCUUCUACUAUGACCGUCUAGGCCUGUACCCACGUUUUGAUGCAGCUGGGACAUCUGUGCAUGGUGGUGUGCCUCAGAAUGUCAGCCUCUGUGCACAUCUGCCCAUGCUGAAGGAAUCUGUGGAGCGCUACAUUCGUACCCAGGAGCCCGGGGGUCUGGCAGUCAUUGACUGGGAGGAUUGGAGGCCUGUAUGGGUGCGCAACUGGCAGGACAAGGAUGUGUACCGCCAGUUUUCACGCCAACUUGUGGCCAGUCGACACCCUGACUGGCCAUCAGACCGAAUAGUCAAACAAGCACAGUAUGAGUUUGAGUUCGCUGCUCGGCAGUUCAUGUUGAAUACACUACGGUAUGUCAAGGCAGUCAGACCUCAGCACCUUUGGGGCUUCUACCUCUUUCCUGACUGCUAUAAUCAUGAUUAUGUACAGAACUGGGAGAGCUACACAGGCCGCUGCCCUGAUGUGGAGGUGGCACGCAAUGACCAGCUGGCCUGGCUCUGGGCUGAGAGUACAGCCCUCUUUCCUUCUGUCUACCUGGAUGAGACACUGGCUUCCUCCAAACAUAGCCGAAACUUUGUCAGUUUCCGUGUUCAGGAGGCCCUUCGUGUGGCUCACACCCAUCAUGCCAACCAUGCGCUCCCAGUGUAUGUCUUCACACGCCCCACAUACACCCGUGGGCUCACAGGACUUAGUGAGAUGGAUCUCAUUUCUACCAUCGGUGAGAGUGCAGCCCUGGGCGCAGCUGGUGUCAUCUUCUGGGGCGACUCAGUGUACACUUCAAGUGUGAAGACCUGCCAGUACCUCAAGAAUUACCUGACACAGCUGCUGGUCCCCUACAUAGUCAACGUGUCCUGGGCCACCCAGUAUUGCAGUUGGACCCAGUGCCAUGGCCAUGGACGCUGUGUACGCCGCAACCCCAACGCCAAUACCUUCCUACACCUCAGUGCCAGCAGCUUCCACCUAGUGCCUGGCCAAACACCUGAGGAACCCCAGCUACGACCUGAGGGGGAGCUCAGCCACGCCGACCUCAACUACCUGCAGACGCACUUUCGAUGCCAGUGCUAUUUAGGCUGGGGUGGUGAACAAUGCCAGUGGGACCAUAAGCAGGCUGCUGGAGGUGCCAGUGGAGCCUGGUCUGGGUCCCACCUCACCAGUCUGCUGGCUCUGGUAACCAUGGCCCUCAUUUGGACCUUGUAGGGGCCUCGAACCUAGCUACCAAUCCAGCUCCUGCCAGAAGGAUCUCCUGGGCAUGUAUGAAUCUGUUAGGGGGUAGACAAAUGAGUCUGGAGGGGGCAGAGCCCCCAGGAUGCCUAAUGGCAUCCAUAC